GGAUAAUUGAAAUAGAAUAUAAACAUCCACCUGCUCCACAGAGUCCACCCUGACCCACCCACUCUUUGGAAGGAGGAGCUACCCAGAAGAGAAACAACAAGAAGCAGAGAUUCACGAGUCUCUCUUCGUAGACUCUCCAAUCUCUAACACUAGAUUCAAAUACUGUCUAAGUUAAUUGUUAGAUAGACAUAAAUCUUUUCUUACUCCUUAUAAAAAUUUGCUAUAUAUAUAGUGAACUCAAUUACUCAGAGAGAAACAUCGAGAGAGAUGGCGACGAUGACAAACGGUGAAGCAGGCAGCAUGAAAAUCCCAAAAAUCAAGUUCACUAAACUUUUCAUUAACGGAGAGUUCGUUGACUCUCUUUCAGGCAAGACAUUUGAAACGAUUGACCCGAGAACAGGAGAAGUGAUAACGACAGUUGCAGAAGGCCAAAAAGAGGAUGUUGAUUUGGCCGUCAAAGCAGCUAGAGAAGCAUUUGAUCAUGGAAAAUGGCCUCGCAUGUCUGGCUUUGAAAGGGGAAGGAUACUGAUGAAAUUCGCGGAUUUGAUAGAUGAAAACAUAGAAGAAAUAGCUAUUCUUGAUACGCUAAAUGCUGGAAAGUUACUUCAUCUGGGGAAAAUACUAGACAUCCCACAGGCUGCCAAUACUCUUAGGUACUAUGCCGGUGCUGCGGAUAAAAUCCACGGAAAGACUUUAAAGUUGUCUCAACAGAUGCAAGGCUACACAUUGCUUGAGCCAAUUGGUGUUGUUGGACAUAUCAUUCCAUGGAACUUCCCGUCUUCCAUGUUUGCUAUGAAAGUUGGACCAGCAUUAGCUGCUGGAUGCACCAUGAUACUGAAACCUGCUGAACAAACACCUCUUUCAGCACUGUACUACGCUCAUCUCGCCAAAUUGGCUGGUAUCCCAGAUGGAGUGCUAAAUGUUGUGAACGGAUUUGGAAGCACAGCUGGUGCGGCCAUUAGCUCUCAUAUGGACAUUGAUAAGGUAAGUUUUACAGGGUCGACAGAAGUUGGUCGAAUAGUAAUGCAGGCGGCAGCUACAAGCAACUUGAAAGUUGUAUCCCUUGAAUUGGGUGGAAAGUCGCCUAUUAUAAUCUUUGAUGAUGCUGAUUUUGAAAAGGCUGUUGAUCUCGCACUCAUGGGUAUUCUAUUUAACAAGGGAGAAAUAUGUGUUGCCGGGUCUCGUGUUUAUGUUCAAGAAGGAAUUUAUGAUGCAUUUGUUAAGAGGGCAGCUGAAAAGGCGAAAACUUGGGUCGUUGGUGACCCUUUUGAUCCUAGUUCUCAACAAGGACCUCAGGUAGACAAGAAACAGUUUAACAAAAUCCUUUCGUACAUUGAGCAAGGCAAGAAAGAAGGAGCUACAUUGGUAACUGGUGGUAAAGCAGUUGGUGAGAAGGGAUACUACAUUGAACCCACAAUAUUCACCGAUGUUAAUGAGGACAAUCUAAUAGUGAAGGAUGAAAUAUUUGGACCUGUCAUGUCUCUCAUGAAGUUCAAGACGGUGGAGGAAGCAAUAGAGAGAGCUAAUAAAACAAGAUACGGAUUAGCAGCUGGAAUUGUAACCAAUAACCUCAACAUCGCAAACACAGUUUCAAGAUCGAUACGUGCAGGUGUGAUUUGGGUUAACUGUUACUUUGCGUUCGAUCGCGACUGUCCUUACGGUGGAUAUAAAAUGAGUGGUUUUGGAAGGGAUUUGGGAAUGGAAGCUCUUGAGAAGUACCUUCAAACAAAAGCAGUUGUAACACCAAUCCAUAAUUCUCCCUGGCUCUAAGCCACAAUUAUGGGCACAACUUUGCACAAUAAAUGAGUUUGACGAAUAAUAUGUAAUGCUUGUGUUAUCUGUUUGAAUCCAGUUUGUAUGCUUGUCUGGUUAAUUUUACAUAAUGAUGUUUGCUUUUUAUCCUUGCAAUGCAUAUGCAUUCAAUAAUGGAAAUUUCCAAGUUGGGAA